ACACAACCCUUCAUAGAGUUCGAUGAAUUGGUUCAGCGCGGCGCUUUACUGUCGCAACUAUGAUAUGGAUUUGGCCGUAAUUGAAUCGGCAGCAGAGAUGAAUGCAUUGAGUUAUUUAACCACGAAUGAAGGUCACCUUGGCCUUUAUUUCUGGCUUGGUGUCACCGAUUUGGCCGAGGAAGGUAAAUUUAUGUCACUCAAAGACGUACGUCCAAUGCUCUAUGCUAAAUGGGUAAAGGGUCAACCUGAUGACGCUGGUCAAAAUGAGGAUUGUGUCCAUCUUUGGGCUUUUGAUAAUAUAUUCUAAAUGAAUGAUAACAAUUGGGGUUUGGGGGGUUGGGAACAUGGGUUAUUUUCAUACCAUCUGUGAGUUGCGGCAAUCGAAGAAGACUUGUGACGUGUGUGACUUGAAAAAAUUUAUGGAAAGAUACAUGCAACAUACAAAUGUUCUAAACAGUCGAAAUUAGACAGGUGGAACUACCAGUUUUAUUAAUAAAAUUGUUUUGUCAUUAAAUACUUAUUUAAA